UACCUAAUGCCUUUUUAUAUUUCAUGUACCACAGGACUAAUCAGUGAGAUUUUUCUUAUAACUUUGAAUCCAGUAUAAGAAAAAGUAAUAAUUUAUACAUUAUUACUCUUUCGUCUUCUAUAUAAAGCCUCCACUGGCCAUUCAUGAACCUCACACAACCAUUCAAUCCAUCAAUGGCAAGCGCUACAGCCCGAGGCUUAGUCCUGGCUCUCCUGGCGAUGACCUUCAUCGCAAUCAGUACUGUCGAGUCAGCUAUUCCUUGCAGCAAAGUGGCGACCAAGCUCAUAAACUGUGUCGGUUACGCGCAGCACGGUGGCCAGUUGCCGGCGGCUUGUAGCGGCGGCGCGAAGGAACUGAAGGCGGAGGCGAUUACUGCAGAGGACCGCAGAACUGUUUGUAGCUGUAUUAAAUUACUCGCCCAGCAAGUCGGCGAGCUGAAUCAAAGUCUUCUGGCUUCCAUUCCCGGCAAGUGCGGAGUGGAUAUUGGCUGCCUUAUCAGCUUGUCCGUCGACUGCUCUAAGUAAGCUGAUGAAUUGACACUAGAAGGGGGGAAAAUAUUUGGAUGGGUGUCCCAACAUGGACUACAACAUAAUUUUACUUGUAAAUUUUUCAUGGGCAGAAUCAUGUUAUACUAACUAAAAAAAAAAUUCAAAUAAAUAUUUUGAUGUGAAAAGCCUUAUAAUACAACAUGAUUGUACUCAAGAAAAAUUUUCAGUACAAUCAUGAUCUUGUACUCCUCCGCAUGGAUGGACAUUAGGCUUCUCAGAUUUUUUAGAUAAAGAGAAAUGUCGAAUUUUAAUUGGAAUAAGUACGUCAGGUCUCCAUAUCUA